AUGAACUCAACAGACUGUGUCAUCAAGGCUAACCCCGAUGUAUCAGGAGCCGGAAUCCGCAUAUCUAUCUACACCCUCUGCCUAGGCGGCUCGAUAGUAAGCUACCUCCUCCGCGUCUUCACACCAGGCAAAGACCAAGAAGAGUUCUCUCGCGGUGUCUCCUCCGCACUGGGAAUGCAAGGCCUUGCAAUCCUCUGCACAGCAAUCUACCAAACUGUCCGUGGAGAUCUAUCCCUCUUCCACGCAAUCUGCGUAAUCCACCUCCUAGCCGUGCUGGGAAUGGACCUGAUCAGCAAAGGCCGCUAUGCAGGUCUCGGUCCAUGGCGGCUCUAUUUCUUCGCUGCGAUGCAGGUCUUGGCUCUGGCUGCUUUCCUCGCUUUCAACGUCUAUGUUUGGAUUACAGCACCGCAUUUUGGUAACCAGCCCGAAUGUAAUGUGAAUACUGUCUAUGUUGUCUUUGGUAUUAGUAUCAAAGCUACCUCGCCCGUCUUCCGGUAUAUCAUUCUCGGGACACUGGGUGCGAUUGUGGCUAGUUACGUUAUUGCUUUUACUUGUAUGUUGCCGUGUCUGUGUGGAUUAAUUGCUCACCGGAGACGCAAUCCUGGAAGUGGGAACCGGAUUGAGGGUCAUAAGAGGGGCUGGAAUUGGUUUCUCAAGGUUAAUCGUCCUGACUAUCGGGUUACUGAUGAGGAUGAGACGCCUCAGAGGUUGCAUGGACAGACGUUGCUCCGGUUUACGCUGAAUAAAGCUGCCUACUGUGGCUUCUGCAUUUAUUUGAUUGUUUCGUUGGAACAGACUAUCCAGCGCAACGAUCUAGAUCCUGAGGAAAAGGGAUGGACUUUUGGUCAGGUUAUUGCGAUCUUCUUGUUGUUGGGUGUUGCUAAUGAGCUUCUCAAUGUUUUGUUAGCGAGUUGGGAUAGGAAGCAGAGCGCAAACGCAAAUCCCCAGCAGCUGGUGCAAUAUGUGUCGGGCACUGGGUAG